AUGUCGUCAUCAAAAAAUAGAAAAGUGGAUAACGAAUCCCGAGUGUACCAAGAAAAGUGGACCAAUGAUUAUUAUUUCAUACAAAUCAAAGACAAACCAAUGUGUUUACUCUGCUCAGAAUCAGUUUCUGUCAUUAAAGAAUAUAAUGUAAAAAAAAAGAAAAGAAAAGAAAUUGAUAAUAUUAGUUUAUCUUGUAGAACUGUAACAAGACGGAUUGAUGAACUUGCAACUAAUGUAGAAUUAGGUUUGAAAAGACUUUAUUUGCAGUUUAAAUAUUUUUCCUUAACUAUUGAUGAGAGCACUGACGUGUCAAAUAUAGCUCAACGUGUUGGGGUUUUUGUACGUAGAAUUGAUGAAGAUUUAAAUAUCACAGAAGAAAUGCUUGGUCUUCGGGGAAUGAAAGAUACUACCACUGGGGAGGGUAUUUUUCAAGAAUUGAAAAUGUUAAUGGCCAGAUUUAAUCUACAUUUCAAAAACUUUCAUGAUUUAUCAACAGAUGGUGUUCCUGUUAUGAUUGGUAGUAAAGCAGGCUUAGUUUCUAAAAUCAGCUCGGAAUUGGCUUCUAUGAAUAUAGACACAAAAGAUUUAUCCAUUUUUUAUUGCAUAAUUCACCAGGAGAAUUUGUGCGCCAAGUCACUCAAAUUUGAAUAUAUCAUGUCCAAGAUUGUUUUGAGUAUAAUUUUUAUAAAAUCUCGGGCUUUGAACCACCGCCAGUUUAAAGAAUUUCUUGAGGAUAUUGAGGCAGAGUAUGGAGAUUUGGCUUACUAUUGUGAGGUGCGAUGGUUGAGCAAAGGAAAAAUGUUGAAACGAUUUUAUGAUCUGAGGAGUGAAAUUUUUACAUUCUUAGAAAUGAAAGGAAAGUCUAUGUCUGAAUUGAGUGAUGAUGGCUGA